AUGAAGGCAGUAACACGAAUUUUUCCUGCUGUUUUGAUUUUAGCAGGCUUCUUUCUGACCAAAACAUACUUGCAUCGUUUGCCAAUCCCGAAAGCCUUCCAUGGCUCGAGUUUCAAAUCACUUGUCGACGCCGGGGAUGAUGCAUCAACGGAAGCGCCAACAGAUAUCAAUGAGGCUGUAGAAUUGGCUCCAACAUCUGCGACGAACGUCGGCCGCUUCCAAGCAACCCCAACUGCUCAAGAUAGAGCUUCGGCAAUUGAAGCCCCAACCAGCAGCUCGAUCUCUCCUGACCAGAUUGUGGUGAUGGGCAGGAUCAACAGCGACGAUACAUCUUGGGUUGAGAAACUUCCCAAGUCGGUCUUCUCAGGUGACUCUGAUUGUGUGCCGAUUGCUGACACGAAUCACAGAUGGCGGAACGCUGUGUACUCCGUCGACAACGAUACUUGGCCUUUGCAUACUAGCAAUAAAGGCCGUGAAGCCAAUGUCUACCUCACAUACCUUGUAGAGAACUAUCAAGAGCUUCCAUCGACCAUCGCAUUCGUACACCCUCACGAAGACGGCUACCCGCGAGCAUGGCAUACAGAUGCAGACCAUUAUUCAAACAUCAAAAGCUUGUCGACUCUCAGAACCGAGUUUGUGCAAAGCAAUGGCUAUGCUAAUCUCCGUUGCAUCGCCAUCCCAGGCUGUCCAGACGAGAUUCAACCUUUUCGCGAAGAGCCCGAUGAAGGAGAUUGA